AUGGUGAUGGUGCGCAGGCCGUGGCCCGCCACGGCCACCGUGCUGCUGGCCCUGCUCGUCUGCCUGGGGGAGCUGGUCGACGCCUACCCCGCGAAACCCGAAGCUCCCGGCGCACUCGCCUCGCCAGAGGAGCUGAAGCGCUACUACAUCUCGCUGCGCCACUAUCUCAACCUGGUCACUAGGCAGCGGUUCGGGAAACGUGACGUUUCAGAAGCUCUGCCCUCCAAACUUGUCUUCCCUGAUCCCGAGGACGGUCUCAUCAAGUCGCGGCCAGAAGGCGCCUAUGUGUGGUGAAGACCCCCAAGGCCUCCUGAGAGAUAUGCCAAUACACCGACCUCAUUUGCAUGUUUGCUCCUGACCCCGGAAUCUGGAUUCCUCUCCCCAGUUGCUGCGUCUGGAGAGGGCUCUGGGUGGUGUCGUCAUUCCAUUUCUCGGUGCCCCCGCCCCCGGGCUGGAGGGCCGUGUUUGGUCCUUCCUUGGUCCCUAAAUAAA